GUAGCCACUAUUAAAAAACACACACACACAAAAACAAACAAACAAAAAAAAACAGAAAAUAACAAAGGCUAGCAAAGAUGCAAAGAAAAUUGAACCUGUGUGUACUGUAGGUGAGAAUGUAAAUGAUGCAGUCAAUAAGAAAAACAGUAUGGUGGUUCCUCAUUAACAUGGAAUUAACAAAGGAUCCAACAAUUCCCUUCUCGAUAUAUACCCAAAAGAAUUGAAAGCAAGGACUCAAACAGAUAUUUGUACAUCUAUAUUCAUAGCAGUCUUAUUCACAAUAGUCAAAGGUAGAAGUAAUCCAAGUGUUUAUCAACAAACAAGUGGAUAAGCAAAUUGUGGUAUAUACACAAAAAAGAAUCUUAUUCAGCCUUAAAAAUGAAGGAAAUUCUGGCACAUGCUAUUACAUGGAUGCACCUUGAAGACAUUAUACUAAGUGAGGUAAGUCAGUCACCAGAUGGUAUAUAUUGAUUGCACUUACAGAAAGCAUGUAGAGUAGUCAAAUUUAGAGAAAGAAAGUAGAAAGGCUGUUUCCAGGGGCUGAGAGGCAGGGGAAAUGGGUAGGGUAGUUAGUGUUUAAUGGGUAUGGGAUUUGAGUAGGAAAGAUUAGGAAAGACGAAAUGGUUCUGGAGAUGCAUGGUGGUGAUAGUUGCACAACAGUGUAGAGGUACUUAAUGUUACUGAACUGUUUACUUAAAAGUGGUUAAAGUGGUACAUUGUAGAUUUAUGCACUUUGCAUAUUUUGCCAUCGUAAAAAUGUGUGUGUCUCUAUAUCUUGUCAUGUAGGGAAACAAAUGUUUUGUUAAUUGUUGAAAGAGAAAAUAGGAAUGGGAGAUGGGAAGGAAUGUGACAUGGACCCUUGACCCACCACCUUUAAAAGGAAGAUGUUACUUUUAUCCUGAAGAAUAAUAUUUCCUCCAGGUUUGCCUGUAGUUGUUUUCAAUGCAUUUUCACUGCAGGUUUUAGGACUAUCAUUGCCACCUUUGAAAUCUGUUUACACAGAUCAUGGGAUUUUACUUUGUAAUAAUCUCCCAUGAGAACUGGCCAAACAGCUGUGAAGGCAAGAGAGAGCUACAAGAGGCAAUCGUAGUUUUCAAAGCAGAGCAGCAAGAGAGUGAAGCUGGUCAAAAUGAAUCUUUUUUGCAUUUCGCUGGAAGGCUCUAUGGAUAGCUUAUAUGAGCCGAUCCCAGAGCAACAAGCUAACCAAGAAAACAAGUCUAGUAGAACUGAUUCUCCUAUCCCACCCUUCGGAGAGAGUGAACAAACACCGAACAGUCUCUUCAUGGGGGUUUCUAAUUUGGAGAAUGCAAAACCAAAAAAGAGAAAGUUAUUCCGGAGAGUUAUGUCUGAAAAUAAAAUAUUUGAAGGAAAAACUGUGAAUGACAAAAUCUGGCAGGAACACAGCAAGCAUAAGAAUGAUUCCCACAUCAGAAGGCCCUGUCAGCUAAAAGAUCUAAAUGAAGAUGAUUUUCUAAGUAACAACAUACAUACUCAUCAAGGAAAAACUCUACAAGGAACUUCCUAUCAGGUGACCACUGAAUGCUGGAGUCCAUUUCAUUAUCAAAGACAAGCUGAACCUACUGUUGAUGAAAUGGCCAUAAAAUCGGGUGGUGACCCUGUGGAAUCAAUGGGGACAUUAAAGCGGCUACAGAAACUGGUUUGGACUAAGAAAGCCAGAGUGCAGAGUCUGGAUGAGGUGAAACCGACAUUAAUAAACCUCCAAGAUGAAGAUGACACAUUGAUUUCUUGUUUGAAAUUAACCAAGUCCCAAGAAAAGAAAGUGAGUAGUGUUAGCACAAGGAGGAAGGAAGAAAUGGAGAUCAGAUUGGAUACUCUUUCUGCAUCACUGGGCAGAUCGAGCACUUUAAAUGACUGCAAGUUGGAAGAUAAAUUAGCUUGGUAUGAAGGUGAAGCUUACAUGUGGCAUCAGUGGAAGCCUUUUCCUGAAAACCCUCUCUGGACAUGUGUUGAUUUCCAAAUAGCACAAGUUGGACCCUGGGGCCACUGCUCCUCUUGUAUUCGCCACACAAGUCUCAAGUCUUCCUGCUCAGAUAUGGAUCUUCUACAUUCAUGGCGAAGCAGCAGUUUUGGGAAUUUCGAUCGUUUUCGGAAUCAUUCUUUAUCAAAAGCAGAUGAUUCAACUGAGGUACAUGAAGGAGAUCCCACAAAUGAAGGUGGAGAACCAAGUAAAGCUUCAAAUAAUGGAGGAGGUUUGGGUAAAAAAAUGAGAGCUAUUUCAUGGACAAUGAAGAAAAAAGUUGGUAAAAAGUACAUCAAAGCCCUUUCUGAGGAAAAGGAUGAGGAAGAUGGAGAGAAUGCCCACCCAUAUAGAAACAGUGACCCUGUGAUUGGGACCCACACAGAGAAGGUGUCCCUCAAAGCCAGUGACUCCAUGGAUAGUCUCUACAGUGGACAGAGCUCAUCAAGUGGCGUAACAAGCUGUUCAGAUGGUACGAGUAACCGGGACAGCUUUCGACUGGAUGACGAUGGCCCCUAUUCAGGACCAUUCUGCGGUCGCGCCAGAGUGCAUACGGAUUUCACGCCAAGUCCCUAUGACACUGACUCCCUCAAAAUCAAGAAAGGAGACAUCAUAGACAUUAUCUGCAAAACACCAAUGGGGAUGUGGACGGGAAUGUUGAACAAUAAAGUGGGAAACUUCAAAUUCAUUUAUGUGGAUGUCAUCUCAGAAGAGGAAGCAGCCCCCAAGAAAAUAAAGGCAAACCGAAGGAGUAACAAUGAAAAAUCCAAGACUCUGCAGGAGUUCCUAGAGAGGAUUCAUCUUCAGGAAUAUACCUCAACACUUUUGCUCAAUGGUUAUGAGACUCUAGAAGAUUUAAAGGAUAUAAAAGAGAGUCACCUCAUUGAAUUAAAUAUUGAAAACCCAGACGACAGAAGAAGGUUACUAUCAGCCGCUGAAAACUUCCUCGAAGAAGAAAUUAUUCAAGAGCAAGAAAAUGAACCUGUGCCCCUAUCCUUGAGCUCAGACAUCUCCUUAAAUAAGUCACAGUUAGAUGACUGCCCAAGGGACUCUGGUUGUUAUAUCUCAUCAGGAAAUUCAGAUAAUGGCAAAGAGGAUCUGGAGUCUGAAAAUUUGUCUGACAUGGUACAAAAGAUUACUAUCGCAGAGCCGAGUGACUGAACACACACUCUCAACUAUAUAUCUACAGAUGCAUUCCGUUUUAACUCUUCUUGAGCUAAAACAUCAAAUAAGAGAGGAAGAUAAAUAUUUGUAAAUAAAACCUAGGAUUUAAAUGUUUUAAUCUGAAUAAUUGUACAUAAAAUUUUGUAUCACUAACAUUCCAAAUUAUUGUCAAUAAAAUACAUAUUUAUUAUUUUAAAUGCUAUGUGUUAAUAUUUCACUUGCCUGUAUUAGAAAGGCAUAAUGUAAGACUUUGGUACGUGUGACAUAUGCUUCAUUUGACUUUCUUUUACAAGUACAAUAUCUGCAAAAAACAAAGUAAUCUUUUUUCCUACCUGCCAGUUUUGAAUUUGUAUAUGUUGUUAAACAAAUAGUAAUAGAGGAUUCAUUGUUGAAACAAGUUGUCCAAGCAAUGCCAUAUUCAUUUUUACACUUAUUGGGAAAGUGUGAGUUAAUAUUGGACACAUUUUAUCCUGAUCCACAGUGGAGUUUCAGUAAUUAUAUUUUGUUGACUUCAUUUUGUUUUCUAGUAUAAAAGUAUAGAUAAUGUGUUGUCACUUCUGAUUUAGUGAAACCAAUUGUAAUAAUUGUACAGAUGUUUUGUCUUUAAGUGUAAAUAUUUUAAAAUUUGACAUAACCUAAUGUUAAUAAUAAAAAGAACUAUUUGCAUAUUGCA